GGGCCUCCCAUUUUCCUUGGGGUUCUUCUUUACUUCGGAGGCAAAAACUCCUCAUCUGCUGAAAGGAAGGAAAUAAUGAAAUAAGAAAAGGAUCGCCUUGGCUUCUUCCGCCGCAGCCGCCCCCGCUUGGCUCAGGCCCAGCUGAACACAAUGGGGUUCUGGACACAGCGGAAGGCAAUGACCUGUGCUUGGCUCACAAUGGCCACAGGCCCAAGACGGAUUCCGGCCCAGAAGCUUCUCCUUCCGUGGGUUCAGCCCUUGGAGGCGCCUGCGUCCUUGUGUGGCCCUUGUCCUCCCCUGACUCUUGACCUGGAUGUGACCCUCCCCCAAUCUGCACCAUGAAGUGCCCCAAGAAAAAGAAUAUGGCGGAGCAGUUUUGGAAACUGAAGGCCAUCCUUCUCCUCCAAGACCAAGUGAAGCAGCUCUUCCUGCAAGGCAAGGAGGAGAACCUGUGCCAGAAGGAGCUGAUGAGCUUCCUGCCCCAGAAGACCUGGACCGGGAUGCCGGAGUUGCACCACGUCAUGAAGCACGACCGGGAGCUCCUCUGCAGCCACGUCUUCGACCAGAAGAACGCCGAGAACCUCCUGCUCUUCGAAGUGGCCCAAAGGGAGCGCUGCCUGGAGAACCUCCAGCUGCGGCUGCAGCACCUAAUGGACUUGGAGACCCCCGACCCACGGGCCCAGGCCCAGAUGCAGCUGAUCCGUGGCCUGGAGAACAACAUUGAGAAGAUGCGGGUGAAGAUCAUGACGGCCGAGAAGACCUACAGCCUGUACCUGAAGAUGGCGAUUGUGCUGAGAGAGGAAGUCUCCUAUCUGCCCCUAAUCCUGGACGACUUGGAGCAGCGGGUGGCCGACUACCCAGAGAAGCUGCGAGGCAUGCGCAUCAGCAACAGUGACGAGAUCGAGGCCAUGGAGAGAGCAAAGGAGGACAUGGCCGCCGCUCGCAGCGCCCGGGCAUCCGGCAGGAAGUUUCGAGAGGCUCUUCUCAGCCUCCAGAAGAAGCAGCUGGAGCGCAUCCACACCAAGGAUGCCGGGGACCGGCACCGCAGGACGCUGGCCCGGCGGGACAUGAACAUGGACUUCCCUUCCCUGGCAGGACGCGAGCCUACAAAAGGCCAGAAGCUGGAGGCCUCCAAGGCGCAGGUGGAGUUCCAGAGCCUGGUCCUCAGCGAAGUGGAGAAGAUCAAGAGCGCCGUCAAGUGCUCCCACCUCUGGGACAUCGCUGGGCGGUUCAAAGCCCAGAAAACAUCUGAGGAGAACCUACAGCAGCAAAUCGAAGAGUCGGAGGAGCAGAGCCAGGCUUUAGAGCAGCAGCUGAAGGCCCUGGAGCUGGAGCAGGUUGGGCUCAAGUUCCACCAAAACCCCCAAUUGCUCAGUUCUAAAAAGCUGGAAAAGGAUUUGAAGCGAAGCCUGGCAGAGGAGGAAGAGCGGCUGGAUCAGGUGCGCAGCCAGGCCGCCAAGAACCAGGAGCUGCUCCUGAAUUUUGGGAACGGGGUCGACAACCUCUUCAUCCGUCUCUGCGGCAUCCAAGUCCCAGGCCAGGCGGAUUUUCAGGAGGAGACGGGGGAUAUGCUGGACAAGCUGCAGUUCUGCGAAACCAAACUGCUGUACUUGGUCGAUACCAUAGCCAAACGGCCCUCUUUUGACUUCAGCCAAGAGGAAAGCAAUGAGACUUUUGUGGAGCUCAGGGAUUUCCUGGAGAACAGCACCCGGGAGGAGCGCCGUAACCUGAGGAUCAGUUAUGAAGAAGACGAAGAUGACUACAGAGAGCACUUCAUGGACCAUAGCUCCGUUCCCAGCCGUGAAGAAAUCAAGAAGCAGGGCCUGAAGCUCAUUGAAGAGAAAACCAAAGUCCCGAAGAAGAAGCAGAGAGGUAUCUCCAAGAAGUGAUUGUCAUCACUAUCCCAAUUUGUGUAUAAUUCUCUUUUUAAAAAUAAAUAUAUAUACAUUCA